UUGCGCCUCCAUUUUAAUAUUCGGUUUAAGUCUGGAUGUCUCCUACAUUUGGGACCUUCUGUUAAAAAGCUGUCUCUCGCCCUCAGAUACAUCCACGCCCUCUACCUGGGCGCCCAGAGUCGCUGGCACAGCAACGGGCCCCGCCGCCACUUCCACUGGCGGCUGAUGUUCGAGAGCGCUGACAUCACCAUGCUCCGCCUGCUGGAGGCCUUCCUGAAGUCGGCGCCCCAGCUGGUCCUGCAGCUCAGCAUCAUGAUCCACGGAAACACCGUCCUCCCCCUGCAAGGCCUCUCAGCUUCAGCCUCCCUGGUUUCUCUGGCCUGGAUGAUUGCCUCCUACCAGAAGGUUCUCCGGGACUCGCGGGACGACAAACUUCCCAUGUCCUACAAAGCCGUGAUCGCCCAGAUGCUGUGGCACUUCUUCACCAUCGGAGCCAGGACGGUGGCUUUUGCCCUCUUCGCCUCUGUCUUCCAGCUCUACUUUGGCAUCUUCAUCGUGAGCCACUGGUGCAUCAUGACCUUCUGGAUCAUCCAGGGUGAGACGGACUUCUGCAUGUCAAAGUGGGAGGAGAUCAUCUACAACAUGGUCGUUGGCAUCAUCUACAUCUUCUGCUGGUUCAACGUGAAGGAGGGUCCCAGCCGCUUCCGGAUGACGCUCUACUACUCGGUCACGCUGGCCGAGAACGUGGCUCUGACGGCCGCCUGGUACACCUACCGUGGCCCACAGACGGCCGACUCCUCCGCCCUGGUGGUGGUGUGCCUGGUGGCCUGCAGCUUUGCCCUGGGAACCUUCUUUAUGUUGGUGUACUACUGCUGGCUGCACCCUGACGGACCUGUCCUGGGCUCCCAGUGGGCCGGGUGUGUCGAUGAGAGCGUGGUGGGUGCGGGAGGGGUGGUGGGAGUCAUUGAUGCUUGCAUUACGCCAUCCCAAGGAUCUCAAACGGAUAUGGUCAUCACCAGUCCUCCGAGAACUCUCCCUAGGACUAAGGACACUGGAGAGCCGGUUCCAGGGGAGCGAGACAAGGAGAGAGACAGAGACAGCUGCCUACCUGUCUUCCAGGUACGCCCCUCUCCUUCCUCGUCUCCAGCUCUCCUUCACAGGACCUCCUCCUCCUCCCGUGCACAGGAGGGCCCCGUGAUCAGGAUUGACCUCCCUAGAAAGCGAUACCCAGCUUGGGAUGCACACUUUAUCGAUCGACGCCUCCGCAAAACCAUACUGCUCUUGGAAACCACGUCCGCCGUCAGUCCCAGGAUACAGUACAGAAGUAGCAUGAUGGGCAGCAAAGAGGUGUUCGAAUACGAAACGACUGUUUAAGAGAGCGGGAGCUCUUUAAUGUCAAAGGGCAGUCUCCUACCGAGGCUCAGACUGGGAUCAGUCCUCACCCAGGGACCACCAAUGCCAAGAGAUGCAUGAAAACAGCAACUCUUUUUGGGAAAAAAGGUUGUGGAAACAUGAUUGUAAAACAGGAAUUGCAGUCUGUGACCUAAACAGUCAGUGACUGAACAGCAGCAGGAGCCAUGACGGUGAUCAAGAAACUGAUGAGGCACCAUCUCCUGUUAUUUCAUGAGAUGAUGAAUGCUUAUUCAAGGAAACAAGAAUGGGUGAAAUCUGUUAAGUUUUAGAUGGUCUACAGGAGAAGUAAGUUACCUUGGGAGAGAUGAAGCUGUUUAUAAUUGAGAAACAGUUUACUGCAUGAAUUUUAGCCUCAGACUCCAGCUCCAGAAUGGAGACUUACAGAUCGUUGAAGUUGCUGAUUGCUAGAGUGUGCAUGGAACACGCAAUCAUUUUAGUUUGUAGCAGUAUUCAAUGGUGUCGGAAAAUGUGAGGCCAUUGCCCAACAUAAAGGUUAAAGAGUUUGGCCAGUUAAAAAUGCCUGUAGAUCUGUUGGGAUGGUAGAAAACAUGCUAGGCAGUCGCAGGAAGAAAAGUUUUAACCAAGAAGUCUUCUUUUCUUACCUCCAAUUCACCACUUUGUGAACCUGGUACCAAUCAUAUUUAGACAAAAAAAAAUCAGAUGAAGAAAACAUAGAAAUAAGAAGUCAUUUAGAAACGAUCACUUCUCUUUUUUGUACCCAACCAUGCUUCCAAAAGAUCCAAUGUUCUCAAAAACAUGUUCACAUUAUGUCAAUCGCAUCCAUAGAGAAAAAACAAACAAAAAACACAUAGCGUUGUACUCUCAGCUCCAAUCUCACUAGUUCAUGAAAAUCCAUCCAGUCUAAGCCUACAACUCAAUGCGGGCCCAGAUCUUGUCCGUGGACCAGAUCUUGUCCUGUGUGUAGGACAGCAUUCACAGCUAAACUAAUGUUUCAAAGGAACUCAAUCAGGACACAGUGGAGACAACGCAGACGUCGGAGGCGCUAUACGCUGCUAUAAUAAACCGUAGGUAGCUGAGAAUUGCCAUUUUAGUCAAGGAUCUCCAUUUACUUGAAGAUAAUUUAAAUGUUGUCCACAGCUGUCCACUUUUUUAAGAAUACGUACAAUAUAGGAAAUGAUGGAUAACACGGACAAGUUCUCAACGAUUCAGAUAUAAAGUCUGGUUUUGGAGUGGAAACGAAAGCUUCACAGAUGCUGUUAAACUGUGACCACAUCCCAUAAGUUGUUGAUGGAAAGGUAAAAGAUUCUCAAAGCAAACUGUGAAAGGCAGAAGACUGGACCAUCGGCUUGCCAUUUGCAGCCGAUGGUAUCAAAAGAGACGCGUAAAUAAAUUUGGACUUUUGAAAGUUGUAGUUUCCCAAGCGUCAUUUCAGGCAGGUGUUUUUUUUUAACACGCAAGUAUCAUCUUAAAUACUGCGGGCCCCACAGACUGCAUGCUACAGGUGGAUACAGCCACCAGAUCUAAGUUGGAAGCCAGUGAGGAAGUGCCUUAUAGAGCAAUAAUACCGACAGCAAAGGGUCAGUAAGGAGGCGUCCAGAAACACAUCUGGCUCUAUUUCAAAGAGCAUGAGCUACCCUCUUUAAAUACUGAGCCAAAGUCUCACUCUUUUCUGCUGGUUGAAGGCACUUGUCAAAAGAAUUAGCUCAUUAAAUGUAUAUCAGGCCUCGAGGAAAGUUAUUGUUUAUCCAACAAGGCUAAAUGUACCACUUCCACCCUCACUGUUUUGUGGAAAUACGGUCAUUUCUGGCUCCAAAAAGGCGAGAAUGGAGUGAAGCCAAAUUCAAGGUGACCAGUAGGUAAUAACGCAGUGGCUAUAUUCAUCUCUCGUACAGUCUGUGGUUUGUGCAUUUUCAUUAUAUUCUUAAACGGUUCUGAAGUGAUAGUUUAUUAUUUUUAGCUUCAGAUGUUUUUGCAGGUUCCACUUGGCUCUUUCUCUUACAGAUGAUCAGUAGAAGUCUGUAAUAUCUUCACCACUACUGCUGCCCCUCCAGCUUUGGAGCAUCACAGUUGGUUAGCGUUAAAUGCAUUACUUCAGGCAGUGGGUGGUUGUACCUAAACUAUUUUAAACUUUUGUGCUGCUGCUAAGCUCAGUAGGCAUAGUGUGAACAAGUUGUGUAAGGACUUGAUAGAGAAAGAUUCUGGUAGAAAUCUGAAAGUCCUCCCUUACACAUUUAGAUUUACAUUUGGCAGAUUUGCAUGAUUAGUGAAGUAGUAAAAAGAAGAGGGAAAGUACCCUUUACAGUUGUUAGAGAAGUAAUUCAGUGAUAUAGAACGCAGUGCCCUAAGGCAAAGAUUUGCACUAUUUGUAUCUUCAGGCUGCAUCUUCUGGUUAAAGUUUGAAUAGAAGGAACAGAACUGAACAAACGUGACUGUCACUGAGUAGCUUCUAAAAACAUCUAGCAUGGGCUGCGACUUAAGUAGUAAAAUCUGUUUAUCUUAAAAUACAACAAAAAUAAAUUCAGUUUAGUCCAAUUUAAUACAAUCUAGUUUGCAAUUAGACCUAUGUGAUGUUUGGAAAAAAGGGAGAAUCAAUGUUUAAGAUUUCAAAUCGUGACAUCAUCACACAAGAGCUACACAAAAUAAAUUCAAAAUCUCGCUACUCUGGCAAGUAAAACCUAAAUAUAAAGUCAUACACUUCGAAUCACAACAGGAAUUGUAUGAACUGUGUGUCCUAAAGAUUGAGGAGUUUUGCCGAGCUUUGGAGAAAGCUUUUUUACACACUUUUGGAGCAGUUUUCCUCUGCUGCUGCGUGGAGCCAAUAAGAAUAAAAAUCUGGAAAGGGAUCGAGAGUGAUGCUACAAUGGAGCUGAUGAUGCUUCUGCAAAUUGUGAGAAGAUGAACGCUUCACAAAAGGUCCAUUUCAGGCACCUGUGGUCAUUUAGACUUGUUGAUAGUGUGAAUCACUACGAUCAACCUGGAUUCUUUCUGUUUAACCAAGCCAUUUUUAUUUAUAUUUAUUUACUCUCCAUGUCUCUGCACAUGCUGUGUCUAAUUCUCAUUUGACCAAUUUCCUGCUAAUAUCAUGAGAGCUUCAGACAUAAUCUAGACAUGUCCAAACCAUCUGUGGUCACCGCUGGGCUCAUAUGUUACGUGUGCUGCUAUCCAUACAUCACUGCAAACACUGCCGUGUUGUGAUGUGUCCAUUUGCAUCUUGUGGAUGUGCUAAUCAGUAUUCUGAAGAAAAAAAGAAGAAAAAAAAAAAAACCAACCAGCGCUUAAACCUGUGGAGCGUCCAUCCUGCCUC